UCUGGAGCUCUCCCACGCGGGGGGCAGCCCGGGGCAGCUGGCAGAGCUUGGGCAGCAGGAGGCAGGUUGCCCCCCAGCCCUUGCAACUGAAGUGUUGUCCCCAGGGGAGAGAGCUUGCUGUAGCAACGGUGACCAGGGAGGGUUUGGUCUCUCCCCAUUGGCAGCGGGACAUUUAAACGCAGGGCUGGCGACAGGAGCUGAGCUGAGGGAGGAGCGAGGUGGGGAGGGCAGAGGCACACAGAGGGGGCAGAGCGGCCCCAGGCCAUCGGAGCUCUAGGCAGGACAGCAGCCCCCGGCUGGCCAGGGCAGGGGACCAGCUGCUUGGGGGUGUCUUUAGCUCCCUAGGGACGAGCUCCUGGGCAGCGGGGUGGUUCCCGGCCCUGGCAGCAGACCCCACGGCAAGGCCCGUCCGUGAUGGCCAGCCCCGAGGGAGCCAGCCCCCACCCAGGGAACCGGGCCAUCCGCCCACCUGCCGGGCUCAUCUUCACCCCUGAGCUGGGGCCGUCACCCAUCGGCAACUUGUGCACGAACAUGGGACAUCUCAGCUGUGUGGAGAGCAUCACCCCAAGGAGAAGGCUGAGGCUGUCCCCAGACGCCCUGACUCCGAGCCCCUCUGGCUCCCAGCUGUUGGCUCCCGCGGGAACGCCCACGCCCACAGGUGGCGCGCUGGAGCCCUCGCUCAGCCCCCAGGCCUGCAGCAGCAGCAGCAGCGAGGGCAGCUGCAGUCAGAUGCCCUCGCGUUGCAGCCUGCCCCGCUCCGGCAGCUCUGGCCUCUCUCCUGCUCCAGCCCCUGGGACGGACGGCGAGAUCCUGACUGGGGAUUUUUCCAGGCCCUGCUCUCUGCCGCUGGAGGAUGGCCAGCACCGGGAUCUGCGUUACGUCAGCCCCGCCACAGUGGCUUCCCUGCUGUGCGGCCAGUUGGCUGGGGUGGUGGAGGAGUACGUGGUGGUGGACUGUCGCUAUCCCUAUGAAUACGCGGGGGGACACAUAAAGGGCGCCCUGAAUCUGUACCGAGAAGAGCAGCUGGCGAGGUGGUUCCUGCCGGAUCCCUUGGGCACGACCCCGUGCCCCCGCAGCAGUGUCCUGAUCUUCCACUGCGAGUUCUCCUCUGAGAGAGGCCCCCGAUUGUGCCGCAGCCUGAGGAGAAUGGACCGUGAUGCCAAUCGGUACCCGGAGCUCUGGUACCCAGAGCUGUAUGUGCUACGUGGCGGCUACAAGGAGUUUUACCAGCACUUCCAGGAUCUCUGCGAGCCCCAGGGCUAUGUCCACAUGCGACACAAGGACUUCCGAGCCGAGCUUAGGAACUACCAGCGGAGGAGACAGCCUUGGAGCCUGCGCAGGAUCCGCAAAGAGCUUUUCAAGCCCCUGUGCCCAGGGUCUCCCUUCCCAUAG